AUGGCGGCCACAGAAACGUCAGAUAAGCGGGAGGAUGCUGGGGGGCCCCCCCCCGCCCCUGAUGCAUCUUCUGCUGCUCCUGAGCAACCGGCAGCCCAAGCCUUCGACUUCGGUGAAAGGCGAAAAAAGAAAAAGGAAAAGAAAACAGAGGACCAAGGUAUAACACAAACGCAGCAGCAGCAGCAGCAGCAGCAGCAGCGCGGCAGCAGCAGCAGCAGCAGCAACAGCAUUUACAACGGCAGCAGGACAGACAUAAACAGCAGCAACAGCAGCAAAACCAGAAGCAACAUGAACAUCAGUAGCAGCAGCAGCAACACGGACAUCCGUAUCAGCAUCAGCAGCAUCAGCAGCAGCAGCAGCAGCAGCAGCAGCGGGAGCAGCAGCAGCUUUCUUGUUUUGUGUUUGUUUUGUUGCAGCAGCAGCAGCAGCAGCAACAGCAUUUACAACGGCAGCACGACAAACACCAACUGCAGCAACAGCAGCAAAACCAGAAGCAACAUGAACAUCAGUAGCAGCAGCAGCAACACGGACAUCCGUAGCAGCAGCAGCAGCAGCAGCAGCAGCAGCAGCAGCAGCGGGAGCAGCAGCAGCUUUCUUGUUUUGUGUUUGUUUUGUUGCAGCUGA